AAGACCGGAGCAGCCUGCGUCCGUGGCCGGAGCCGCGUGACCAUGUCGUGGCUGGCUUGGGUGACCCCGGUCUUGCUCCUCACCACCAUAGCCCUGCUCUUCAGCGGGCUGUGGCACGCCGCGGCGGCCGGGUGCCAGGUCCACAGCACGUGGCGCCGCCUGCGCCGCUUCCCGUGCCCGCCCUGGCGCAACUGGCUGUUGGGUCACACGGGCAUGGCGAAGAGCACAGAAGAAGGCCUGCAGAACGUGGAUGACGUGGUGAGGCGAUACCACCACUGCUGCCUCUGGUGGAUCACGCCGUGGCUGCCCAUCCUCCGCCUCUUCCACCCCGACACCCUCCGGCCCAUGCUCCUCGCCUCAGCCUUCGUCGCCCCAAAGGAUGAGCUCUUCUAUGGCUUCCUCAAGCCCUGGUUGGGGGACGGGCUGCUACUGAGCCACGGGCGCAAGUGGGCCCGGCACCGGCGCCUGCUGACGCCGGCUUUUCACCCCAAUGUCCUCAAGUCCUACAUGGGCAUCUUCAACCAGAGCACGGAGAUCAUGCACGCCAAGUGGCGGCGGAAGGCAGCAGGGGCGCCGGUGGUGCUGGACGUCUUCGAGUCCCUGGCUCUGCUCACCCUCGACACCCUCCAGAAAUGCAUCUUCAGCCACGACAGCCACUGCCAGGAGCAGCCCAGCAAGUACGUCGCGACCAUCCUGGAGUUGAGUGCCUUGGUGGUGCGGCGCCAGCGCCAGCUGCUCCAUCACCCGGACUGGCUCUACCACCUCUCAGCUGAUGGCCAUCGCUUUGCCCGCGCCUGUGCCACCGUGCACAGCUUCACUGCUGCCGUGGUUCAGGGUCGGCGCCAGGAACUCGAGCGCCUGGGCCACCAGGCCUGGCUGGAGGGCCACCAGGGCCGGAGCAUGGACUUCAUCGACCUCUUGCUGCUUGCCAAGGAUGAGGACGGUCAGGACCUGUCGGAUGAGGACAUCUCAGCUGAGGCUGACACAUUCAUGUUUGAGGGUCACGACACUACCGCCAGCGGCUUGGUGUGGCUGCUUUACAACCUGGCCUGCCACCCCCACCACCAGGAGCGGUGCCGCCAAGAGGUCCAGGAGCUCCUCAAGGACAGAGAGGUGGAGGAGAUCAAAUGGGAGGAUCUGUCCCACCUUCCCUUCACCACCAUGUGCAUCAAGGAGAGUCUCCGGCUGCACCCGCCGGUUACUGCCGUGUCACGGCGUUGCACCAAGGACAUCGCGCUGCAUGACGGCCACGUUGUCCCCAGUGGGACCACCUGCCUGCUGAGCAUCUACGGGACACACCACAACCCGUCUGUGUGGCCCGAGCCCCAGGUCUUUGACCCACUGCGGUUCAGCCCGGAGAACAUGCAGGGACGGUCCCCGCUGGCCUUCGUCCCCUUCUCUGCCGGGCCCAGGAACUGCAUCGGGCAGAGCUUCGCCAUGGCCGAGAUGAAGGUGGUGGCGGCGCUGACGCUGCGGCGCUUCACCCUGCGCCUGGCUGAGCGCUGCCCGGUGCGCCGCAAGCCCGAGCUCGUCCUCCGCCCCGAGGGCGGCCUCCGUCUGCUGCUCGAGCCGCUGGCCGGGGUGCCGUGGCCACGGCGCGGGGACCACGGAGGCGCCACGGUGGGGACGGGUGAAUAAAAACGUUGGCACGGUG